AUCAUCUUCUCAUCUUCCCAAGUUCCGCGGCUCGCUCGCUCUCUUUUUCCUCUCGAUUUGAGGAGUUCUGUUGCGGUAGACUGCUACGACGGAGUUUAAAAAAUCUUCUUCGGUUGUAAAGUUUCGAGAAGGCGAGCGAGCGAGCGAGCUAGUAGUUGCUGUUACGAUUUACGAUUACUCAGAAGAAGAAGAAGAAGAAGAGCGAUUUCGAUUCAUUAUUGUGUUACUUCUCGUCGUGGAGAAAUCUCUCAUUGCUGAGGGUGUUUAGUAGUGCACCUUGUUCUUGUUAUCAACAACAAGAACCUUAGUUUUGGUUUCCAGCCAUGCCUUCUCUCCAGCUAUUGCAGUUAACUGAGCGGGGUCGGAGUCUCGUUGCUUCAAGACGGAAAUCUAUACUGCUUGCGGCUGGGAUCGUAGCUGCUGGUGGAGCUUUUUACUUAAAAUCAAGGAUCAGCUCCCCUAGGCUUGAUUCUUCCCGUGGGCGGAGUGGUGGUGAUGGUGAAGCAUUGGAAAAGCGGAGAGGAAACAAUAAGAAUGCAAAGAAAGCCACACCAAAGAAGAAAGGAGGAGGAUUGAAGUCUCUUCAGGUUCUCACUGCUAUCCUCUUGUCUCAGAUGGGAAAAAUGGGCGCCAGGGAUCUUCUCGCACUACUCGCCACUGUGGUUUUCAGAACUGCUUUGAGCAAUAGAUUGGCGAAAGUUCAAGGUUUCCUAUUCCGUGCCGCUUUCUUAAGGCGUGCCCCACUGUUUCUACGUCUUAUCUCCGAGAAUAUUUUCUUGUGUUUCAUGCUAUCGACUACGCACGCUACGUCAAAGUACAUAACUGGGGCCUUGAGUUUGCGUUUCAGAAAGAUAUUGACGAAACUUAUCCAUUCACAUUACUUUGAGAAUAUGGUAUACUAUAAAAUAUCACAUGUGGAUGGUCGGAUUACGCACCCGGAGCAGCGAAUUGCCAGCGAUGUACCAAGAUUCUCCUCAGAGUUGAGCGAGCUUAUACAGGAUGAUUUGACAGCAGUUACUGAUGGGAUUUUGUAUGCAUGGCGCCUUUGUUCAUAUGCUAGUCCAAAAUACAUCUUCUGGAUACUGGCAUAUGUACUGGGAGCCGGUACUGCGAUAAGGACCUUUUCUCCUUCUUUUGGCAAAUUGAUGUCCAAAGAGCAGCAGUUGGAAGGGGAGUACCGACAACUUCAUUCACGCUUAAGGACUCACUCGGAAAGCAUAGCAUUCUAUGGUGGGGAAACCAGGGAAGAAUCUCAUAUACAACAAAAGUUCAAGAAUCUUGUUACUCAUAUGAGUGACGUCCUUCAUGAUCACUGGUGGUUUGGCAUGAUCCAAGAUUUUCUGCUGAAGUAUCUUGGUGCCACAGUUGCUGUUAUUCUGAUCAUCGAGCCAUUCUUCUCUGGGCAUCUAAGACCUGAUGACUCGACCUUAGGGAGAGCAGAGAUGCUAAGCAAUAUAAGAUAUCACACCAGUGUCAUUAUUUCUCUCUUUCAGGCGUUAGGAACACUUUCUAUAAGUUCCAGGCGGCUCAGCCGACUCAGUGGUUAUGCUGACCGAAUCCAUGAGUUGAUGGCUGUCUCGAGAGAACUCAGUGGUGAUGAUAAAACAUCUUUACAGAGAAAUAGAAGCAGAAAUUACCUUACUGAGGCUAGCUAUGUUGAGUUUUCGGGUGUCAAGGUUGUUACUCCAACGGGAAAUGUUUUGGUGGAGGAUCUCACCCUUCGAGUUGAGCAAGGAUCUAAUCUUCUUAUUACAGGUCCUAAUGGAAGUGGCAAGAGUUCCCUUUUCCGAGUACUAGGAGGUCUAUGGCCCCUGGUGUCUGGCCACAUUGUGAAGCCUGGAGUUGGUUCUGAUCUUAACAAAGAGAUCUUCUACGUGCCCCAACGGCCCUAUAUGGCAGUUGGAACACUUCGUGACCAGUUAAUAUAUCCUCUUACGUCUGAUCAAGAGACUGUACCGCUCACUGAGACUGGAAUGGUGGAGCUAUUGGAAAAUGUUGACCUAGAAUAUUUAUUGGAUCGCUACCGACCUGACAAGGAGGUUAAUUGGGGUGAUGAAUUAUCUCUUGGAGAGCAACAGAGAUUGGGAAUGGCCAGACUGUUCUACCACAAACCUAAAUUUGCAAUUCUUGAUGAGUGCACGAGUGCUGUGACAACUGAUAUGGAAGAACGUUUUGCUGCUAAGGUUCGAGCUAUGGGAACUUCUUGCAUAACAAUCUCCCAUCGUCCAGCCCUUGUUGCAUUCCAUGACGUUGUUCUGUCAUUAGAUGGAGAAGGGGGAUGGAGUGUUCACUACAAGAGGGACGACUCUGCACCUCUGACGGACGCUGGAGUUGAUUCAGCGAAAAUUUCAGAGAACGAUCGUCAAAAUGAUGCGAUGGUUGUUCAACGAGCGUUUGCUGCAGCUAGAAAGGAAUCUGCCACUACUAAUUCAAAGGCUCAGGCGUACUUGACACAGUCAAUUGCAAAAUCACCAGUUGUUGAUAAAAGUGUUGUGUUGCCUCGUUUUCCUCAACCUCGAACAUCGCCAAGGGCGUUGCCAUUAAGAGUAGCUGCAAUGUUAAACACAUUGAUACCCACUCUAUUUGACAAACAAGGAGGACAACUGCUUUUGGUUGCUUGCCUUGUCGUCUCAAGAACAUUAAUCUCUGACCGAAUAGCCUCUUUGAAUGGGACCACUGUGAAGUAUGUCUUGGAGCAAGAUAAAGCCGCAUUUGUUCGUUUGAUUGGUUUGAGUGUUAUCCAAAGUAGUGCAUCUGCUGUCAUUGCUCCUUCAUUAAAGCAUCUAACGCAGAGGCUAGCUUUAGGGUGGAGGAUUCGUUUGACUCAACAUCUGCUACGGAAUUACUUGAGAAAUAAUGCGUUUUACAAGGUUUUCCACAUGUCAGGCAAUACUAUUGACGCAGACCAGAGACUCACUCGUGACCUGGAAAAGUUAACCACUGACUUGUCUGGACUUCUUACUGGAAUGGUUAAGCCAUCGGUUGAUAUUCUGUGGUUCACCUGGAGGAUGAAGCUAUUGACUGGUCAAAGGGGAGUUGCCAUACUUUACACAUAUAUGUUACUUGGUCUGGGUUUCCUGAGACGUUUUGCUCCCGAUUUUGGUGAUCUAGCCGGUGAAGAACAGCAGCUUGAGGGGAAAUUUAGGUUUAUGCACGAGAGACUGAACACUCAUGCUGAAUCCAUUGCCUUCUUUGGAGGCGGAGCUCGAGAAAAAGCUGCAAGUGUCUUAAGUUCCUUUGCUAUAACUGUUGGAUUCUGGAUGGUUGACACAAAAUUCAGGGCACUACUGGACCACUCUCUCAUGCUCUUGAAGAAGAAAUGGGUGUAUGGCAUACUUGAUGAUUUCGUGACUAAGCAACUUCCCAAUAAUGUGACUUGGGGAUUGAGUUUGUUGUAUGCCCUAGAACACAAAGGAGACAGAGCACUUGUCUCCACUCAAGGUGAAUUGGCACAUGCAUUGCGGUAUCUAGCUUCUGUCGUGUCUCAAAGCUUUAUGGCGUUUGGUGAUAUUCUUGAACUACACAAGAAGUUCCUUGAGCUCUCUGGUGGUAUUAACAGAAUUUUUGAGCUCGAUGAGUUUUUGGAUGCUUCUCAGUCAGGUGUUACCUCAGAAAAUCACACAAGCCGCUUGGAUUCUCAAGAUCGAAUAUCCUUUUCAGAGGUGGAUAUCAUUACCCCUGCGCAGAAGUUAAUGGCUAGCCAGUUGUCAUGCGAAAUAGUUGCAGGGAAAAGCCUGCUCGUCACAGGACCAAAUGGUAGUGGAAAGACUUCAGUAUUUAGAGUGCUUAGAGAUAUAUGGCCAACUGUAUGUGGAAGACUUGCCAAACCAUCAUUGGAUAUCAAAGAACUUGGGUCAGGGAAUGGCAUAUUUUUUGUGCCGCAGCGACCAUAUACAUGCUUAGGGACGCUGAGAGAUCAGAUUAUAUACCCUCUAUCUAAAGACGAAGCAGAGAAAAGAGCCGCUAAGUUGUACUACACCAAUAAUGGAGAAAGCUCAACUGAGGCUGGAAGCGUUCUGGACGUUCAUCUGAAAACCAUCCUGGAGAAUGUUCGGUUAGUAUAUCUUUUGGAAAGAGAUGAAAGUGGUUGGGAUGCUACAACCAACUGGGAAGACAUAUUAUCUCUUGGAGAGCAACAGAGGCUUGGCAUGGCACGUUUAUUUUUUCACAGACCGAAGUUUGGAAUCCUAGAUGAAUGCACCAACGCGACGAGUGUUGAUGUUGAGGAACAGCUCUACAGGGUUGCGAAAGACAUGGGAGUUACUUUCAUAACCUCAUCACAGCGUCCGGCAUUGAUACCGUUCCACUCAUUGGAGCUAAGGCUGAUUGAUGGAGAAGGAAACUGGGAGCUACGUUCUAUCGAACAGACGACAGAGUAAAAACUCACCAAGACACUUAAGAGAAGGUUCUGUAUACACUAGUCUACUAAUAAUAGGAAUCCCAAUUAAUUACAAAGGUUGUGUGUUUUUUAUAGGGAUCACAAUUUUUGUUAAAAGUUGUGUUUGCUCAUUAAGAUGUCUUUUUAUAAAAGGUCGUAUCUCUUCCUCGAUAAAAAUUGUGUUUGUUCAUUAUGGUAUUUUUUUUUAUUAAAGGUUGUGUCUCUUAUUUGUUUGUAUUUUUUCAUUAAUCCAAUUAAUUCAAAAGAUUGUGACUAUUCGAAUAAAUAUAUUUACAAAUGACUACU